CCUUCCAGUAUUUUACUCUUUUUUAUUUUUUUAAAACGUAGUCGGGGUCAUACCAAGGCAGGCGUGCUCGGGCAGCCUGUAUUCGCCAGUCUAGCGGACCGGAAGCCGCAAAUCAGCACUCUUCUCUCUGGACAGGGGUAAUGAGAAUGAAUCUUGCUUUAAAGCUCACUUGUUUUAGUAUUCUAAGCUGAUUUGCACAUUGUUCUCUUCUUUCCCCAACAUCUUCGAGGCCCCUGACACCCGCCCAUAUUUCAACAAGUUAUCCUGAUGGCUUCUGUUCUCCGAGGCCGCUCACUUCUGCUGAUUGAAAGACUCGCCCUUCAUCUUCUGCGAAGAUAAGGAAGUGGUAGGAGGCCGCUAAUUCAGAGCUUCAAAGGGACCUUCAAACCCGAACAGCAGAGUCAGAGCUCUCGCCCCGUGGCUCCCUUAGGUGUCUCUCCGUGGAAGGGUUGUAACUUGGUAAGGCCCUCGCAGCCACGUCCCCCGCUCUCGGGACGCCGGCGGCUCGCAGAGAGGCCAGCGCACUGUCGCCCCUCCCACGGUUAUCUUCGGGACGCAUUUCCACGUGAGACUCCGAGUCUUCACAUCCUGCGUUCUCCGGAGGGUCUUCUCUCGUCUGGAGAAGGCCGCAGGAUCCUCUUCCCUUCUCGGGUGCUCCGGACAGGCCUCUGUCACACAGCACUAAAGGUCCGCUACCCUCCGCCCCGUUUGCGAGCCAGGACAAGUGGGUCCCUUCUCGCUUGCCUUAAGCCUGGCGAGGUGAGGACCGCACUAUUGUGCCGUCAGGCGGAGGGGGGUAUGCUCACGUGCGGCUUUCUGCUUUCCAGCCCGCAGCAGUGGCUCCCGGGAAACCAACGUUCACUCAACCAGAGUCAGGCUUACAUUGUUCUGGGAGCGCGCACUGGAGGGAGGAACAGCCGUCCACUCUAGCUAGGCAACGGACGCGCCCCCUUUCUUCCCCUUCCGUUCGCCGUGACCGCCCUAGGUUGCAAGCCCGCCAGCCGCCGCUGUGCGUCCCCAGCCUUUGACAGCUCCGCCCGCACCCCUCUGCCCUCGGUCCCGGGGCGGGGCGAGCGCAUGCGGGGCGGGGCGGUGCGAGCGCGAGCUGGGAGGCUUGGAGAGAGCGCGCGAGCGGAGCCGAGCUGAACUGGGAGGUGCUGGGGCGAGACAGGCAGAGCCGGGCCGGCUGCCUGCGGCUCAGCGCCGGUCCCGCUGCGUCGCUGGGCUCAGAGUACCUCCACCUCUGUUCAGGCUCCCGCAAAACUUUAUUCUCUUGGGCUCCCCGGUGUGUCUGAAGGAAUCGGAGCAAUCGGCCGGCUCCGCUAUCCCCUGCUGCGGCGGCGACCGCGGGGACCUGCAUCCUGCCGAGCUCACGAGCCCCGCGCCUCCUCACCUGGUGAUCGCACCCCGGAGCAGUGAGGGGGAACCCACGAAGGGGCCGCGCGGGCGCCGGCGCCCCCGAAUUCUCCCGCCCACCGUGGCAGACUCGCCCGGCACAACUUUAACUUGAUUCCUCUCACCCAGCCCGGAUACAGGCGGCUGCUGCUGCUGCCACCGCUGCCGUCUCGGCCGCCGCCGCCUCACAAAGAGGCGCAAGGGAGGGGAGGCGGCGUGGGUGGCCGGCAUAGGCGCCGGUGCGCAGGGCACGGGCCUCGGGGUCGGGAGGCCGGGAGACAAAAGGAAAACUGCCUCUGUUCGCCGUGCCGGAUCAGAGCAGCGAGCUCAGCCGUCUCCCGCCCGGCUCAGCGAUCCUCCUUCCCCCACCCUCCGCUGCUGCUCCGCCUCCCUUCCCGCGGACUGUCCCCGCAGUGCUCCGGGACCCGAGAAGCCUUCGGGGCGCGCGUAGCUGCUGGUGGUUGGGGCUCUAGCCAUAAUAAAUGAUAGAGGAUACAAUGACUUUGCUGUCUCUGCUGGGUCGCAUCAUGCGCUACUUCUUGCUGAGACCCGAGACGCUCUUCCUGCUGUGUAUCAGCUUGGCGCUAUGGAGUUACUUCUUCCACACUGACGAGGUGAAGACCAUCGUCAAAUCUAGCCGGGACGCUGUGAAGAUGGUGAAGGGCAAGGUCGCCGAGAUCAUGCAGAAUGACCGGCUCGGGGGGCUCGACGUCCUGGAGGCCGAGUUUUCCAAGACCUGGGAGUUCAAGAGCCACAACGUGGCCGUGUAUUCCAUCCAGGGCCGGAGAGACCACAUGGAGGACCGGUUCGAAGUUCUUACGGACCUAGCCAACAAGACGCACCCAUCCAUCUUCGGUAUCUUCGACGGACACGGGGGCGAGACUGCGGCUGAAUACGUAAAAUCUCGACUGCCCGAAGCCCUUAAACAGCAUCUGCAGGACUACGAGAAAGACAAAGAAAAUAGUGUAUUGUCUUACCAGACAAUCCUUGAACAGCAGAUCCUGUCAAUUGACCGAGAAAUGCUAGAAAAACUGACGGUAUCUUAUGAUGAAGCAGGUACCACGUGCUUGAUUGCUCUGCUAUCAGAUAAAGACCUCACCGUGGCCAAUGUGGGUGACUCCCGUGGGGUCCUGUGUGACAAGGACGGGAACGCCAUUCCUUUGUCUCAUGAUCACAAGCCGUACCAGCUGAAGGAAAGAAAGAGGAUAAAGAGAGCUGGUGGUUUCAUCAGUUUCAAUGGCUCCUGGAGGGUCCAGGGAAUCCUGGCCAUGUCUCGAUCCCUGGGGGAUUAUCCACUGAAAAAUCUGAACGUGGUCAUCCCAGACCCAGACAUCCUGACCUUUGACCUGGACAAGCUCCAGCCCGAGUUCAUGAUCUUGGCGUCAGAUGGCCUCUGGGAUGCUUUCAGCAACGAAGAAGCUGUUCGAUUCAUCAAGGAGCGCUUGGAUGAACCUCACUUUGGGGCCAAGAGCAUAGUUUUACAGUCAUUUUACAGAGGCUGCCCUGACAAUAUAACGGUCAUGGUGGUGAAGUUCAGGAAUAGCAGCAAAACAGAAGAGCAGUGAACCCUUGGGGGUCUCAACUGCCUUAGACUAAAGGACUUUCAACACACUCGUCUCUUUUAAUGUAGUGAAAGGAGUGGAAGUCACGGUUAGGAUCAUCGUCCCAGACGUGGGACUCCCCCUCCCUGGCCAUCGUAGGUCUCCAUUCAGUGAUGACGAACAGAGGGUGCUCUUGGCUGACGUAGUUGAGAGGCUGGAAGAGGCUUCUUCAUGUUCCCCAAUUCUUUCAUCCAGUGUCCAAAAUAUAUAAAUACAUAGUUGUAGACUCACAUGUAUGAAGUGAAUGGCAUAUGUGCGAUAUAGUCUCCCUUGUAAGAUUCUUUUCAAGACCCCUCACAGGGCCUCCCGGGCAUCAGACUGUGUGUCCUCUCUUUGGAGCAGUGAGUGGGACAGGCCUCCCAGAGCUGCAGGAGACAGGCCCCCGUGUCACCUGUGAGCCAGGGUGGCAGGGCCCUUUGCCGAAGGCAGGGCUGCCCGAGAAUGCUUCGUCCUCCUGAGCCCAGAUUUUCAGCUCGGCUCAGCCCGGAAGUGGAUUUAGAAGGGUUUGCUCCUCCACAGCUGCUCAAGGAGACUGAGGGGGCGGGAGGUAGAGUGGCCUACACAGCAGAAAUAAAUACCCUUUUUCCCUCGCUCCCUUUAUUAGUUAAAUAGACUUUGUGUACCACCUGA